AACAGGAUCCAUCUACACAAUGAUUUAUGUUUCUGGUCUCCCUUCUGCUCGCUUUUCAGCUUUGGGAUCCCACCCACAGAGCACGUCACUAGAAGGAAGGACGAAAUAUAAAUACAACUGCCAGAGUGUGACAAGCCAGUAGUGCAGGAAGAGGAGAAGAAGAAGGGACCUGGUAUAAAGAGAGGACAACCACCAAGGAAGCUGAAAUAUGUAUUUCCUCCCAGAUUUCUCUAAGGAAACAUGGAUUCUGCUAGUCCUGUUACUGGCACUAUUCACUUACUAUGCUGUGAUACCUUACAGAGUGUUCCUAAAACAUGGAAUACCUGGUCCUAAGCCACUGCCAUUUAUUGGGACUUUCCUGGAAAACAGAAAUGGCCUCUCUGAAUUUGAUAUGGAAUGUUUCAAAAAAUAUGGAAGAAUUUGGGGGUUCUAUGAUGGUAGACAGCCAGUUCUUGCUAUUAUGGAUCCAGCAAUCAUUAAAUGCAUUCUAGUUAAGGAAUGCUACAGCUUAUUCACUAACAGAAGGAAUUUUGGACUAAAUGGACCGCUAAAUUCUUCAGUGUUGAUUGCUGAAGAUGAGCAGUGGAAGAGGAUACGGACUGUGCUGUCCCCUACAUUUACCAGUGGUAAAAUAAAGCAGAUGUUCCCAAUAAUACAAAAUUAUGGACAACUUUUAGUGAAAAAUGUUUGGAAGAAAGUAGAUAACAAAGAGUCUAUAAACAUGAAGCACAUCUUUGGAAGCUACAGCAUGGAUAUUGUUUUGAGCACAUCAUUCAGUGUAAAUGUGGAUUCACUGAAUAAUCCCAAUGAUCCAUUUGUGACCAAUGCAAGGAACCUUUUCACCUUUUCCUUUUUCAAUCCUCUGUUCUUAACGACACUCCUGUGUCCAUUCCUUAUUCCUCUCCUGAACAGACUGAAUUUCUGUUUUCUUCCUGUGAGUGUUCUCAACUUUUUCCAAGAUGCCAUUAAACUCAUUAAGAAAAGCCGGCAAAAAGGAAUUCACACAGACCGGGUAGAUUUCCUACAACUUAUGGUGGAUUCUCAAACCAAAGACAAAAAUACAUCAUCAGGGGAGGAGAGUCAUAACUAUAAAGCGCUGACAGACUCGGAGAUUAUGGCUCAGGGACUUAUCUUCAUCAUGGCUGGCUACGAGACAACCAGCACUACGCUGAUGUUCCUGUCUUACCAUCUGGCCACUCAGCCUGAUGUUCAAACUAAACUUCAGGAGGAAAUUGAUACCAUUCUCCCAAACAAGGCUCCUCCAACAUACGAGGCUCUGAUGCAGAUGGAGUAUCUUGACAUGGUGAUAUCUGAAACCUUGCGACUCUACCCUCCAUCUUUGAGACUUGAGCGUGUUUGUAAGAAAACAACUGAGAUCAAUGGAGUAACUAUCCCAGAAGGGGUAGUGGUAGUGAUCCCAGCAUUUGUGCUACACCGUGAUCCGGAGAUAUGGCCAGAUCCAGAGGAAUUCAGACCUGAAAGGUUCAGUAAAGAGAAUAGAGAUGUACAAGACUCAUAUACUUUCCUUCCUUUUGGAACUGGACCACGUAACUGUAUAGGGAUGAGAUUUGCUAUGAUCAACAUGAAAUCAGUCCUCACCUUACUGCUGCAGAACUUCUCUUUCCGCACUUGCAAAGACACUCCGAUCCCACUGGAAAUUGACACACGAGGUUACCUAAAGACAACAAAACCUGUUAUGCUCAAUCUAGUGCCUAGAGACACCCAAACGACAGAUGACUAGAUGGGGGUAGCCACCACUGGUUGGACAUUGUGAUAUCUGAUGUACUUCCUUGGGGAAAGCAAAUAAAUUGUAGUUCAUACUAUCACUCAUGAACCAAAAAGUAACAGUAGCAGUUGUUAUUGGUUACAUAAGCCUAAAAAACUGCUUUGCAAAUCUCAAAUUAGAAUUCUGCUUACGUUUAUAUAAAAGCUAUAUUAGGAUUAUAAAGAAUUUGUUUGCUUUAAAGAAGAACUGUCAUCAAAAGAAAAAAUGGUUCAAUAUGUUGUUUAAAAUUAAAUACUGAUCUUCUGCAAUACAGAUUUGGUUAAUUCUGUUGCUUUGAUAUAAUACAUUAUCUGAUAUGGUGAGUGGUUAUCUGGCAAUACAGUAAAUAAAAGCUCUUGAAAGUCAGCAACAGUGACACCUACAGGUUGUUAAACAGCGCUACCAAGCAUAUUGCUAUGUAGUGGUAAUUAACACUACAAUAAAAUAUUGUUUAGGUCAGUUGUAUUUAAUUUUACACAAACUAAUUUUGAUGAUUCAGUAUGUUUAGAAGGAAACUAACUGUGUACCACAUGUAUGAACCUACAUUGUCUUAGCCCAGUUCAAUGUAAGGAAACAAAUAAAGAAUACAUUGUUUA